CACCUGACUCGGACGUGAAGGCGCAGAGCGGAAGUGAGCACUGCAGGCUGUGUCAAACAGAUCAGACAUGGCGUGUCUGCUAGCUUACAGCAACACAGGCUCCACAAUGUUUUCUGCCACACGGAGAACAAAACCCCACCCGUGGAUAUGCUGUUUGCUCCUGGUGGUGGUGUUAACGUCGCUGCCAGCCUCGGCAAAGCGGGACAGCCUGAGAGAAGUGACCGACGGGACCUGGGAGGAAAUCCUGACAGGAGAAUGGAUGAUUGAAUUCUACGCACCCUGGUGUCCAGCAUGCCAGCAGCUCCAGCCGGCGUGGAAGGAGUUCGCGGAAUGGGGGGAGGACAUGGGGGUCAACAUAGCCAAAGUGGAUGUGACAGAACAACCCGGUCUGAGUGGGCGAUUCAUCAUCACUUCACUUCCAACUAUUUACCACUGUAAAGAUGGUGUCUUCAGGAAGUACCAGGGAGCUCGCACUAAAGAUGACUUCCUCAGCUUCGUCGAUGAGCAGAAAUGGAGAUCAGUGGAGCCAGUUUCCUCUUGGUUCGGGCCGUCUUCCUUUCUGAUGAAUUCGAUGUCCGCUUUGUUUAAGCUCUCCAUGUUUAUCCGGCGUUGUCACAACUACAUGACAGAGCACCUGGGGAUCCCAGUCUGGGGUUCUUAUGUUAUCUUUGGCUUGGCCACUCUGUUCUCUGGCCUUGCACUGGGACUGUUACUGGUGUUCAUCGCAGAUUAUGUUUUCCCCUCACGGCGCUUCUCUUCUCCGGAUUACUACCAAAAAAAACAGACAAUGGAGCAGGCGAGGCUAAUCCAGCGACAAGAGGACGAGCACGAGGCUGACGGCGAGGAAGAUGACGAUGAAGACGACGAAGAUGAAGACCAGGAUGAGGUCUGGAGGAGGAGGAGGAGAGGGUCCCCGGAGGGCCGCCCAGAACCUAAAGGACAGGGUCUCUCUGAUGAAACUCUGAGGAAGAGGGCGGUGGGCAACCGUGAGGAGGAAGACGAGGAGGAGGAGGAGGACACCUAGAGAGUCAGCUCCUACUCCUACUUUGAGAAGAGCGUCAUGGAGUCGGCAGAGUCGGAGGAGCUUUGGUCCUGAGCAGCAGUGUUUACAGCAGGGAGUCCUUAAAUCUCAACCCCACCUGAACCUCCCCUCCUCCUCCUCCUCCUCCUCGGGGUCCCCAGAAACACCUCGCUUCUUUUCUUCUCCUUCCCUUGUUUUGUAACGGGAGCGCUUUAGACUCUCUGUCCGCCUGAGCAGCAGGCUCCACCUGGAAAAAGCAAAAACACUCCCGACAACUGUUUCCACUCGUGGAGACCAGUCGCCUGGCUGAGGUUUAGGUAUGAAGUGCGGUAGAGCUGGAUUUUGCAAUGUUGUUUAUGCUAUGCAUCGUUUUUUAAAGAUAUGUGUGUUUAUUAUAUGUCUUAUCUCAGAAUCAUUAUACCAGGCUUGUGUUCGAGGUUUAGUCUGUUGAAGUUUAUUUCUGUUCUGCUAAUGCAUACAUGCAGUUACUUCAUGUUUCAUGUAUAUUUUACCCACCCUGACGAUUCGACCUAAUGUUCACACACCAUUCCUCAUUUCAGUCUGUAAUGGUGGAGAGAGUGAAAAGUAAAGGCCGAAAGUGUUUGUUAGCAACCUUAAGAUUUCACCCCUGGUUGAUUUGGCAACACCUGUGGUUACCGUGGCAACACCAAGCUCACUUCCUGCUCACUUCUUGUUUCAUUACUAUUGCAGGGUAUUGCAGGAUGUACUGGUGAAUAAUGAAGGAAGUGAUCGUCAUCUUGUUUUGUAGAUGCAUUUUUCUUGAACAAUAGUCGUCAGUGUUAACCUCGACAAGCACACGGCAUUCCCUGUGACUCGUUCACAGUGAAGCCACCCUGUGUUUCUCCAGCUGAAUGCUUUAAAGGCCAGUGUGAAGGAUGUAGGGGCAUUGAAAGGCAGAACUGAUUUAAUGUGAAGCGGCAGUAGACAGUGUUGCUGUAUACAGCUCUGCGUUCACACUACAAGUGACAAAGCAACAGCUACAGUAUUGCCAAGUCGCUGUUGAAGUGUUGCACAAGCGCUCAUUGGUGCAGUUAAGUCAUCCUGGGCUUGUGUGUGUCUGCUACCUGCAACAAAGCACCGCGACUGAGCGCCAUCUAAAGUUGUAUUGGGUCAAAUGGUUUUCAUUAGGGCUGGGUGUAAAGAUAUUACAUCAUUAUCGAGAUAUGAGACAACAUAUCGUCAUAGAUUUUGGAUGCUGUUGUAUUGCGAUAAGGCAUAAAUGGCGUUUUUCCCUCAUUUCAAAGGCUGCAUGACAGUAAAGGGAUAUAAAUGUAUCAACUUACCAGACUUUUCUAUUUGUUUUAACGCUUGCUUUAACCCACUUAUUGGUUAUAUUCACAUUAUGAUUAAUAUUUUCUGAAAAAAUAAACAAACAAACAGAGGUCAGACUCAUCCCUACAACUUAGUCGCAUCACAGAGGGUCUCUGAUCAGACUUAUUGUUGUGUUCGUUUUUGUUUCCCAGUCCUUGCAUUGAUGAAGUGCUUUUGAGGAGAUUUAAAAAUAUCGAGAUAUGUAUUGUAUAUUGAGAUAUAGCCCUAAAUCAUGACAUAAUUUUCCUGACAUGUCGCCCAGCCCUAGUUUUCAUCAAUGUCAGAGCCCCAUUUUAACAUCACAUUUCACUGCAUCAUUGCAGUGCUGCCAUCCCCGUCACGUAACAAGUGUUGGGCGUCAGUUUCUAGUGCCAUGCGUUUUUUUGUUUUGUUUUGUUUUGUUUUUUAGUACCCAGCGCAGGCAGAAGUCUUCAUGAGUUCAUUUUUUCCUCAGCAGUAGUUGAUGGAGUUUUGAGUCAAAGGGUGGAUAAUUGAUGAGUCGAUAUGAUCAGAGCUGAGCGGAUCAGACUGACGGAUGAGAGGAGCGGCUGCUGCAGAGUUGAGUGAAAGCAAAUUUUUACACCCAGUGCAAUGAAUGAUUAAGUUUUCGCUCCAUCUGUGCCCAGAGUUGCACUGUGCUCCGAGAGUGUGGAGCAAUAAGUAACAGAAAGGUGUAUAUAUAUUCCAGCAGCGCACCUAAUGAACAGUCCAGCUCCAAAAAUAGAAAAUCAAAAUGUGGCAGUAGAUGUUUUAAUUGUUGUGGGCUGCUAUAAAUAAACUAAUGUUUAUUUCUAGCAUAAAGUGCCAGUGGAUAAAAAGAAAAGCCUGUUGCUGCGUCGCUCGUAGUGUAAACACAGCAUCAGAAACCAUGAGGCUGAAUUGAAAUCCAGCCUGGGAAUGGCGGACCCCGCCACAAACAUGAAAACUGCUACCGAGAGAGGUCGUUACUGACUGUAAAUACAUUGAAUGGCUAUUGCAGGAAAAAUGCAUGAAUAGUGGGAAUAGCUCUCAUGAAAAUCUAAAGGAUUAUACCUUAAAAUCUCAGCCCAGUCAUUUCCCUCAGUCUGUGUUAAGUGUGCCUCCUUUUCCUCUUGGUCCAGGUAUGUUAUGGGGCAGGAGCCCUUCAUAUGGCAUUAGUGCUUUGCUCAGCAGUCAAACUAAAACGUUGACUCUGACUGAGCUGCAGUCCUUUUAGCUUGCAGAAACAUUAGGUAGAUGCUUAAACAGAAAGGAAGCAUACUCACUUCAAAUAAAAGGCCUGGUGAAUGUUUCUCUGUACUGUAUGUCCCCAUAAUGUAUCACACAAUCAACCAGAGGGAUUUGCUACUUUGUCUUGUGUUACAAUGUUUACUUGUGGUUCUCUAAUUAUUAAAGGCCGUUGGCUUAAAGAACCCAUAUGCCGGCAGGUCUACAGAACAGUAUUUGUAUGCCGUAAAAAACAAAGGUGGGAGCAGUUUAGGGAUUCAGACCUCCUUUUAUAUGUUGUUAAAUACAGAGAGAAGUCUGGCAUAUCCGUCCUAACGCUGCUCUGCUUUAGGGAACAGUAAGAGGACCAGAAUGAAGCUCUCUGCACGACAAAGGGAGGCAUUACUCAGCCUACUGUAAUCUUCUUUUAAUCACUUUUAAUUUGACUUCUUUAGGCUUAAAUAUCAAAUUAAACUUCUGAGGUUAAUUUAUCUAAAGAGUGUGACUGUGUGUGUUGGUUUUUCAUUGAAAUCUUGAACAAAUUGGCACUCUGAUGCUUAUUUUUCAGAUAUUGAUGCCACUCUGUGCUCAGCCUGUAUCUACUUCAGUCUUGUAAAUCAAAAAGGGGAAGUGUGUGUGCGACCAGUGUUUUUAAUACACAUUUCACUCUUGUUUUGAUUAGGCUUAUAACAACUGGUAAGGACUUUGAUUUAUUUUUAUGUUGCAUUUUAUUCCAAGUAAGCUGAUUACUUAUUUUGGUGACGGUUGAAACAGGUUGCGUUUUUGUACCCGACCACUCUUAACGGCUUGUAGCAUUCACUCUUUUACUCUGAGCCGCCUGUGCUCCUUUUAUUGUUUGAACAUUUCUUUUGAAUAAAGGGUUAACUCUGGAAAAACUGUC